CACUCACACACACACACUCACAGAGGGAGAGAGAGAGAGAGUGAUUGGAGAUUCAUCCAGGCGCUCAGGACGCACAGUUGCACAAUCAGCGCUCCAACGGGACUCCAAACAGCAGAAGACCCUCAGAGCUCCUCCACUCCGGCUUCUCCCAACUCUCUCUGCAGGCGGAUAUCAUCUGCUCUGCUGAAGCUGCUGUGUUUUGCAUUUUUGUGCGCAGAGAGCGAACAAAUCCAUCUUUUCUUCGUCUUGACUUCUGAAGACAUGCAUCGGUGCACAGCGGUGCUACUUGUGUUAGUGGUGUCCUUGUACUUCCUGAGCGCAGAAGCCUACAAGUGCAGGUGCACCAGAAAAGGACCAAAGAUCAGAUAUAAGGAUGUACAGAAACUGGAGAUCAAACCCAAACACCCGUACUGCCAAGAGAAGAUGAUAUUCGUGACGAUGGAGAACGUGGCUCGGUUCAAGGGGCAGGAGUAUUGUCUUCAUCCCAAACUUCAGAGCACCAAGAAUCUGGUCAAAUGGUUCCGCAUCUGGAAGGACAAGCACAGGGUGUACGAGGCUUAAAACGUUGGCAAACCCAGCACACGUGGAUGGAGUGAGACUAAAAAAGACACCACCACCACCACCACCACCAGAACUGUUUUCAUGAAGUACAGGAUGUUAAAAUGUACUUCUCCCUCUUCUGCCUGAGAUCUGUCAAACGCACUAAGAGAUAUCUUUAGUUCAUGUAUACGCCGGUGGGCUCAUUUUAGUCGGCCAUCAUCGUAGGUGCAUUCACUCACCACUCCAGUCUCUCACAACUGUAGUUAUACUUGUCGAAUAGUGGACGAGAUGCUGCCAUCUGUGUUCAGACAGCUAUAGGUUUGGUCAGAUGUGAUUUAAAGGGACUUCUCUUUUGCUUUCUAGGCUUCUUUCAAAACUGUAAGAAGAAGAAUGUGUCCUUCUUAAGAAACGAGCGAACCUUCCUUUGACAGAUGCAGCGUAGGUCUUUCUGUUGUUAAGAUUUCCAGUUCUCUGUAUUCAGUAUGACAGGUUUAAUAUUCGAACAAUGCCAACACUUAGGAUCUGGUCAGCUGUGUUUAGAAGGUCGUAGUAGAGAUGCAGCGAUGAAGGUUCUCAAUGAAUCUGUGAAAGUGUAGAGCAGAGGCAGUGGUCACAUAUACACUAAUACAGAUGUUACUAUUGUUCAGCCACAUAGAGAUCUAUCACUGUGUGUGUGUGUUUAUACGCUUCAUACUCGUCACGUGUCAAACAAACAGUCCACUCGGCAGCACACAUGUUCCACUAAACAGGUUUACUUUCAGUAGAUAGUGAAAACACAAAUAGUUCAUAUGUGCCAUUCCCACAUAAAUUACAGUCUGUGGAUUAAAGUAAAAAAUAAACUAAAUGAUUAUUAUAUAACACGAAGAAAUGGAGACAGUUUACAUCAACAAAAGAAGAUCUGCUUCAUCUUUUCUAGUUUUUUCUUUAGCUCCAUCUGUUCAAACAAAUGUGCAACUGAGCAAUAUCUCCCACAAACUGCCUAUGUAAGCAUGAAACUAUGGCAACAUCCCUGAAGGGUAACACGUGAUAUUCCAGUCUAUUUCUUAUUGUCAGCUACAGUAUCCCGUGAAAACAUCCAAGUAAACAAAGUUUACAUAAUAUCAGUGUCUAAAUUCUCUAAUCUGUUAGAGACACUUUGGCCGAAGCUCAUUUAUUCCUACAGAUGAUGUAAAUCUUUAAAAACUCUCCUGGUUCAAGCUUAAAUUCUGUCCAGUCACUGGCUUUAAAUAUUAAAUAACUUCCUACUACAAGUGAAGCUUUCAAUCAGUUUAACUGUGGAUUUUACACAUAUUUGGUUUUGGUUAUUUAUGGCUGCACAAUGAAGUCUCCAAAUAAAUCCCAGUGGAAGUCUAUGACACAGACAAAUGAUAUCAGGCUUUGGAUAUAUGGACAUUACUUGCUGUUUGGGUUGAUUCACUGUUAUUGAUGUUUUUUUCAUUUGAUUUUUGUAGACAAUAAUAAAAAUACAGAAUAUUAUUCAUCCUAAACUUUCAAAGUGGCUAUAGGUUGUGUUUUUAUCUUAUUAACAUUGUUGUGAACAUUUUAUUUGAGCUCAGAAAAAGGACAAUUUGAUAUAAUGUGUAAGCUGUGGAUACACUUUGUAAAAAAGACAGUUGGGUUUAGUUUUGUUGCCACCAAACAGAAUUCACACACAAGUAUAUCUGCAUGUAUACAAAAUAAACCCCAUCACAUGUUCUUUACCCU